CCGCGCGGGGCGGGGCCGCCAGCACAGUAGCUGCAGCGGCCGCGGGAGGUGUCGGAGACAAGAUGAAGCUCAUCAUCCUGGACCAUUAUUCUCAGGCCAGCGAGUGGGCAGCCAAGUACAUCAGGAAUCGCAUCAUCCAGUUUAACCCAGGGCCAGACAAGUACUUCACUCUGGGACUUCCCACUGGGAGCACCCCGAUUGGCUGCUACAAGAAGCUGAUUGAGUAUUAUAAGAACGGAGACUUGUCCUUCAAAUAUGUGAAGACUUUCAACAUGGAUGAGUAUGUGGGCCUUCCUCGAGACCACCCGGAGAGUUACCACUCCUUCAUGUGGAACAACUUCUUCAAGCACAUUGACAUCCGCCCAGAAAACACCCACAUUCUGGAUGGGAACGCACCUGACCUGCAGGCUGAGUGUGACGCCUUUGAAGAGAAGAUCGAAGCUGCGGGCGGCAUCGAGCUCUUCGUUGGAGGCAUCGGCCCCGAUGGACACAUUGCCUUCAAUGAGCCGGGCUCCAGUCUGGUGUCCAGGACUCGUGUGAAGACUCUGGCCAUGGACACCAUCCUGGCCAAUGCUAGGUUCUUCGAUGGUGAUCUCACCAAGGUGCCCACCAUGGCCCUGACGGUGGGUGUGGGCACUCUCAUGGAUGCUAGAGAGGUGAUGAUCCUCAUCACAGGCGCCCACAAGGCCUUUGCUCUGUACAAGGCCAUCGAGGAGGGGGUGAGCCACAUGUGGACCGUAUCUGCCUUCCAGCAGCACCCCCGCACGGUGUUUGUGUGUGAUGAGGAUGCCACCCUGGAGCUCAAAGUGAAGACCGUCAAGUAUUUCAAAGGCUUAAUGCUUGUUCAUAACAAGUUGGUGGACCCCUUGUACAGCAUCAAGGAGAAAGAAACCGAGAACAGUCAGUCUCCUGAGAAACCAUACGGUGAUUAGCCCGUGCACCCCAGCAUCAAGGGCGUCCUCAGGACAGGGGGGCGUUUCUGGAGAUGGCCUUUAGGAGGACACAGUUGUGUUUCUUUCACCCAGUAUGGUGACUCCAGAUGAACAGGGAUGCUAAUUGUUCUUGGCUCUGCAGCAUGGAGCCUAAUUGUGAGAGUUUAGGAACAAGGAGAAUGACUUAUUUUGUAACUUAAUCAGAAAAAAGUCUCUGAAAAAUGUACUUGAUAAUUCUUGAUGUCUGCCCUACAUAAAUGAGGGCUUUUUAGCUUUGUUCUCCCCCUGGCACUGUUCUCACAUACGGCACACUCCCACCAGUAAUCUCUGUCAUUUGUACGCUGAUUCUCAUUUGGGGGGAGGGGCCUGUGUACACCGGCCAGAACCUCUCUGGAGAGGCUCUGAAAGCCCAUCAUCUGAGGAUCACUACUCCAGAGGAAGGAACAAAUUCUCAACCUUAUGUUCAGCUCUACGUGCCAUGGAAAGAAAGAAAAGGAUUCCUUUCUUUCCCUUCUUGUUUUUCUCUGCUCUCACAGCUGGCCUUUCCGUGAACUCAGAGGAUACCUUGAGGGAGGAUCUGGGUGGCAAGGGCUAAAGAGAAGGCUUUGGCUGACAAACUCAGAGCCUCAUGGGGCAGAGUCACGUCACCCGCCCCUCCCUGGGGACCCUCGAUCACAGGAGGAAGGCGGAAACCCUCUUCCCACCAGAGCCCUUGUUUUUGUUCCAAAGUCUCCCUGGGCCGACGCGUACUGCCAUCACAUCAGUGUGUCCAGCUAAGGAGACAGGGGCUGGGCAAGCAGCUCGGUUCAGCCUAAGUUUAGUCACAACACAAGGGCCAUGUUCUCCUGCUUCCCUGAGAGCUGAGUGCCAAGGCAACAUACCAAAUGCUUCUAAAGUCGCCUAAUGGCACCUUUCCUCACGAAAAAUGCCCUGCUCUUCCAGCCCUCUCGGGUUCCUGAGUGGGGUCAUGUGUCCCCAGAAUACCAGGAACACAGCCAUUUUGCCCCUUCAUCCUUUACCCCUUGUUCACAACAUGAGUUCAUUGCUCUGCCUUUUGACCUUAAGCCUUCGUGGAGCGGAUGCUGCCUUCCCCUCCCUAUCUCUGUGCCUGUUUGAAGCUGCUGCUUCCUCUGUUUCGGGGAAAGAUCUUUCAGAGAAUGGCUCCGGCCUCUCCUUACGCGCUGUUUGCUACCAGUGUUCUGUCCUUAGCUUUUAUACGUGAUCGUGCUGUCAUUCUGUCUUAGGCUAAUGGAUCGACGGGCUUGUUUACAAUGUGAUGAUAUUUUCUAUUAAAUCUGUUAUUUUCAAAUAAAAUGUCUUUGUGGACUUGCGUCCCCAGAAGUCA